AUGCAGCAUUUCUGGGAGAAACACAAGGGCAUGCCGGCCCGUAAGCCUCUGCCAAGCCAUAAGCCUUCGCCGAGCCGUAAGCCCUUGCCGGGCUCAGACGUUCGGCCCACGGUCUCCGACCCGAACCCAAGCCCCCUGGAUGAUGAAAAAGUACGCAAGCCCGCUCCCGGGCUCCCGAACAACGCGAUUAUGGAGAUCAUGGUGAAUCUUCCAGACUUGGAGAGCCUGAAGAGUUUUGUUAAGGCCUCUCCCGACGCUCUUCGUGUCUUCCAGGCCGAUCAAGGAGCUGUCUGCCAGAAAAUACUCAUCAAGCAUAUCGGCCACAAUCUGCCAAUUGCCGUUGCGCGACACGAAGCAGCCAAAGCGAAGUGGAAGCCGCGAAAGCCCUUGUCCACCAAGGCGGAUCGCAACGCAGCAUCUCACAAAUUCAAUGUUGAGGAUUUCUGCGACGCCCAUCUCAGCAAGCAAGGAACCGAAUUAAGCGUACUUACCAGUUACUUCACUCUCGAGACAGCGGCUGAGCUGUGGUCUUUCCACAACACGGUUUUGAAGUUCGUCGAUGGCUUCCUUGCCUAUAUAGAGGACAAGUACGAUAACGCGAGUACCAACUGGCAAGCAGAGAUGCCCGCUUAUCCUUGGUCCCGACACGACUUUUAUGAGGUUGAGAAGAGUCGUCUGGGUAAGAUGUUGUAUGUAACGGAGAUUGUCAGCAUUCUAAUUCCCGUCGAAUACGCUCACCCUAAGUCGCCUGAUCGAUCUGGAGACUGGAAGGCUUUCUGGUCUUGCUUUGCACCUUGGGAGUUCCUGGGCUAUGUUGAAAUGCAGUCGGUGCUAAAGGACUUUGCCAGGAAUGGACUGUGGGAACUUAUACACGUUUCCAGAUCGAACACUGCGGAGUCCCUACGUGCUGCGAGCCCAGAGGACAGAGACCGUGUUGCGGAAGUUCUUGCGCUUCAGGGAGGUCUAGAGUGUCUUAAGCCAGGAAUCCCCGAAAGCGUCGAUGAGAAUCACAAAACCCCCAAGUCGACGGAUGCUCUCGCAAAGGUCCUGCGAUACUUUCCAACCCAGCCAAGUGUUCUACCCCCAGCCUGCUGGAGAUCCGUCCGACCGGCCCUUGACGGCAUCCUGGACGAAUACAAGGACAUAUGGCUUAUUAAGCUAUCCAAGGGGGAUGGUUCCACGGUCCAUGCUCUGGAUGUCAUGCAUAUCCUCGCGAAGUACGACGACUUCGACCUCGGUCCUCUGGCAUGCUGGCUUUUCGAUUUGCUACGUUACGGCGACCCCAAGAGUGAUAUUGCCGAAGAAAUCAAGCACCGCGCUACCUCUAAGUAUGUCUUGAGCUCGUUCUGGAGCGAGGGCCGCUGGAAGCAGAAAGGCAGACGACUGAUUCCACGUACUGCGGAAAUGAUCGCGGAGGCUGCGAAACACGUCUUGGCCGAGGAUAAUCAGAUGAAGCCUUUGUAGGAAGGCUAUCGGUAAGAAUAGG